AACACGUUUCAUGGUGAUGCUGCUGCAUUUGUUCUAGAGAUGGAUAAAUGCUUGCAGAAAGAGAAAGAACUGCUUUUCACAUACCAGGAGGAGCAGACAGAAACAGAGAUGGUCCAACAUACUGAAGACAUCAUAGGCCAGGCUGAGGAUGCAGACAUAAUAACACAGAUUGAAAGACUGACACAGGAAGUGAACAGUAAAUUACUUCAGACCAAAAGAUUGAAUGAGGAGCUUGAGCGUUACUUUAGUGUCACUGCAGAGCUGAUGGCAUCGCUUACGCAAGGUAACGUUAACCCUGAUAGUCUAGGAGAUGAAGAUUCAGAAGAAAUCGGACACUACUCGGCUGAACUUCAAAAUUUACAUAUGAAUCAUGAACAGACAACAUCACAAAUUGUGACUUGCAAACAGAGUGCAGUGAUUGGCAUGAGUCAGUUGAGUCUACUGUGUUUACAUUUUUCUGAGAAGCUGAUUCAAGACUUGCAAGCUUGGAAAAUGGCUGAAGCUAAGAGGAGUGUAAAAGUUGGGCCCAAGACUAAUACUGGUGCCCUACUGAAUAAGGCAAAGAGAUUUGGUGAUGCCGUUAACACGGUUUUUGGUUGGUUUUCUGAUGAUGGUGUUAUACAGUCUAUUCGUGAAGCUGAGCAGAUACAGAGUCCAAAUCUAGGGGAGUUUUUUCUGGAAGUUGGCAGAAUACAAAUGGAGUUUCAGAGAAUUCUGUGUAGUUUUAUUCAAAUCAUUGUCACUGCCCAGCCAAAAGGUGUGGUCAGUAUUGAGAACAAAGGCAAGAAGGACUCCCCUAACUAUUGCACCAAGAAGACCCAGCCCUUUUCCUCAAUUAUCAGGGUUUUGGCUGCAGAAAGCUUCCCAAGUUUUCAUAUUCUGAGCAAGAAAGUUGAACUGGUAGCCGAAAAGGACUUGGCGCAAGGAUCAAAUGCAGAAGUGGUUGGCAAAGAUGGUCAGUCUUGUUUGAAAGUGGAAGCCUCAACUGGAAAUACAUUGCCAGAAAUCCAGUUCAAUAUUGAAGUAAAGAACUUUUGUAGGGUCGAACAGAACAAUGUGUACAAGCAAUUCUUCAGGCUUUUGUAUAAAGUGAAGGUGUCAGUACGUGGAACUGAAUAUAUUUUAGAGACAAUGUCAUUACCUUUCACCUUCAAUACUGGAGCGAAUCAGAUUCUAGAGCACAUGGGAGCAAGGAUGUGGUAUUGUGCCAGUGUCGAAGAUUUGUACAACAGUGGAUUUCAGUGUCCAGAUCCCCUCUAUACAGAUGAAGUAAUCAACAUCCUUGAGAACAGAAUAGCUUACAUUGGCAACAAGACCAGACGGCUGACAGCGCAGGAGAAGACUUUCCUCAGGGGAAGGCUUCCAGUUGCUAGUGACGGUACAGUGACAAUGCAAGGUUUCUUGAAGGACAAGAUGAAGACACUGAGGAGUGAGGAACCUUUGAAUUAUUCUUUCUACACAUGGUUCUACUCAGUUAUACACACACUUGAACAGCUGCUGCUGAAUGCCUGGCAGGAUGGAAUUAUCUACGGAUUUUGUUCGGAAAAGACGGCAGAGCUUCUGUUAAUGAGCCCAGAUGUUCCAGAGGGUACCUUCCUUCUCCGUCCGAGUGUAUCUGAGAUCAAGAAAACCAGUUCAGCAGACGCCACAGCUGCACUGGUCAUGGAAGUGAAACUACGAAAAGGGAGUGCUCAUCCAUUUGAUGGUCACAGUUCAGAAUUUGAAGUCACUUCAGUUCCCUUGUUUUACAAACACAUUGAGAAGAACACCCUGUAUGGAGCCAUCAAGGGUAUUGAAUGCAACAAUAAACCUGUUGCCAGGUUUCUGUAUGGAAAAAAGGGAGGCAGGAAGUUGGAGGUCCUAAAAGGCUAUGUCAAAAAACAGGAAGAGAAGUUUUUCCCAGAAUACCGCAUGCUGAUAGAGAAAAUUGAAAAAAUCAACAUCCGUCAUUGUAAUGCGCCAACAGCUGCUACUGAAGUGGUGUCCGAUAGAGAUGAUGAUAGUGGACAGGAGCCCACAAAGAGGAAGAGACGAUACAGAAAAUCUUCACCCAACACACAAAUUCCAUCAAAUUCCCAAUCACCACUAUCGUCUGGAGCAACGUGUGGUUCCCCAAGUGGAUGUGCUACUUCUAUCUCCUCAGGAGAGAUCACUCUCUCCUUCGGAGACAUCAAACAGGAGAAUCCUCCACAUAUGCAGUUCCAGUCUGGUGGCGCAGUUAAUGAGCAGAGUCAAAGGUCAGGAAUGCAAGGCAAGACAAUCGCUGGUACAACUCAUGAAGACAGUGUUGUUGGAAACAUUAGACAAGAAGAAAAUGGUUUGCUGGGGCGUGAAGUUGAGUUUGGAACUUUAAAAGUGGAUGUUUCCCACAUAGACCUUACCACUGUCAGCCACACAUCACCACAAGACUUCAGCUCAGCAGCAAAUGGUUCUGGGUUUACAGAGAUGGAUAUUACAAACUCACUCCCACGUCAUGUCCACUACAACACACAGCGACAGGAGAAUCAAAUGAACAAUUGUUUCAUAAGUUCAGUAAGUAGUCCAGCAUAUAAUGGUGGUUGUUCUUCUGAUCAGUCAACCUUGGAUACAAAUUUUUCCAUGCAUAAUUUUACCUCAGCCAGCAUGACAUCCGCCUUUCCAUCAUCCCCUGGAAAUAUGCAGAUGUCACAACCAAGUGUGGAUAUACACCUUUUGCCCACAGUUGUAAAUGAUGAUGAUGCCAAAGAAUGUAAGAAACAGGCCUGUCGGCAGGGGGGCAGCAAAGGAAAAAUUCAGAACAGCAAUGUUAAGAAACAUCGUUCCUCUUCGAGAUCUACAAUAAAACCUGUGGUGAUGAUACCAAAUGGAGGUCAGAGUUCAAGUACAUCUUUUGAGGUCACUCCUGUUAGCCUGCUUAAUCAGAUCUGUACUGUAUAUGCAGAUGCAGAAAGCUAUAUUGUUGAUCUUCCAAUGGACAGUUCUUUGAAUCAGGACAACACCUUAAAUAUUGGUGGCAUAGAUGCUGCGCAGCUGUUUGAGAGUAUGUUACAACAGAGAGCCACCAUCUUGCAGCUGAGUCCAGAUUCUGGUGUAGGAGACCAGAGUCCAUCUCCUCAGUCCAUCUGGAAGAGCCAUCCUCUUUCAAGUGUUUUCCAAAAUGGUUCAGACAUACUGGACACAACUGAUCUGUCCCAUGUUUAG